CGGACCUCGACCAUAGAGUGUCUGGUUCUCUUGCGGCCUGCCACCGCGGCGUUGGGGCAGUGGAGGAGAGAAGAGAUCCGGAAGAUCCAGGUGAGACAGUGGACGAAUCCGAUUCGGUCUUCCUUUGCCUGGCUGAGUUGCAGGGACAGCACCGUGUCCUGGUCUCCCGCCCAAGAGGAGCCGCUGGCCGGGACCCGGGGCGCGCGCUGACCGUCCGCACGCUGCCAUGGCCGACCACCUGAUGCUCGCCGAGGGCUACUGCCUGCUGCAGGUGCCGCCGCACGCCCACGGCCCGCACGCGCCCCGGACUCUGCAGCCAUACUCAGGCCCGGGCUUGGACAGCGGUCUGCGGCCGCGGGGGGCCCCGCUGGGACCGCCGCCGCCACCCGGGACUCGAGCAUACGGCUCCUUCGGAUCGCCGGCCUCCUUCCAGCCUUUCCCCGUCGCGCAGCCGCCGGGCGCCGGUAGCGCGCACCUGCAGCCCGCCGCCACUCCGUCCCCGGGCCGCAUCGCCUCGUCCCCGGGAGCCACCGGAGGCCCCUCACCUCUGCAGCCCACGCCGGGAGCCGCGUCCCCCCUGCCGCCGCCGCCGCCCUCCCUGGGCUGCAUGGACGCAGAGCUCAUAGACGAGGAGGCGCUGAAGUCGCUGGAGCUCGAGCUCGGGCUGCACCGCGUGCGCGAGCUGCCCGAGCUCUUCCUCGGCCAGAGCGAGUUCGACUGCUUCUCGGACCUGGGGUCGGCGCCACCCGCCGGCUCAGUGAGCUGCUGAGCGCGACCGCCGAGACAUGUGGGACCCUGCCAGCCGGUGGCCCAGCCCGCACGCACCCUCCGUGAGGGUGGAGGCGCCGGGUUUACUCGCCGAGACGGCUCUGGCCUGGGACGCCUGCCUUGCCCCCAGGCUCUGCCUCCUCCGGAUGACAGUUGGGUCUUGCUUCUCUCACCCAAGCCUCAGAAGUCAAAAGGAGAGGGACUGAGCAGCCUUUGGAUUCCACGUUCUUGAAUUCUGUGCCCUCCUUCCCCGCUCCCUCCCCUCAAUCUGAGCCAUUGCAGGCCUCUGCCUGACCUUCUCACGCUGCCCACUAACCGGAUUGGGUCUCCGGAGCCAUCUGCCUAGACCCCCACCUUCCCUGGGCCUUUGGCCUGGGGGAGGGGAAGGUUUUACACCUAACCCCUGCAGAGUGGAGCAAUGCUCCCAGUAGCCUCUAAAACCAAAAUAAAAGUGGGUUGCUUUACA